CUUAAGAUUUAUAUACACAAUAGAUCUGUCAGGUAGUCAUUAUAGAUUAAAAGAUAAUAAAUUAUAUAAAAGCAACCGAGAUACAUAUCAACAUACUUGGUCCAACAUGUCAUACAUCAAAUAUUUGUUUUGUGGUGUUCUCCUACUAUCACUUGUUUUUCAUGCUUUAUCUGCUGGAUGUACAAUAAAUCCAUUUGCAACGAACGCUCCUCUAAUAAUAAGACCAGAAAAUACCACCGUUAUUUACCCAAAACAUGGAGAAAGGACAAUCAAAUUUAAAGUAGGAGAAACAGUGGAAUUCGCCUGUCCUCAAAGACAGGUCGUCGUCGAUGGUACCUCUUCAACAUCCUUGGUACAGGCUACGUGCAUCUCCAACACCAGAUUCACAGUAAACGGCCAAAGAUUUAUAUGGAGCCAAAUUUCCUGUAGCGCCAAUCCUGUAGCUAGGGGAAGAUUCUUGAAUUCCAAUUGUGGAACAAACGCAAGAUUGGCCGAAAUAGGAUUCCAAUUGGAUAACAACCGAUUUUUGCGCACCAUUACCAUUUGCUUUGAUACGGUCAAUCAAACUUCGCUAUACUCUUACUACGAUUUAACGUCUUCUGUAAGAUCAAGUGAUACCACGACACCGCGUCCUAACUUUGCACAGGAUACCGGUUUUUAUAAUACUGGAAACAGGAAUGUUAACCAAUUAUACGUAAGAGGUACCCAGAGAUCGACCAUUAAUCGUUUGAUUGGACUUGCAGCUAAAAACACUAAAUAUAUACAAAACGGAUUGACACACUUUUUGUCUAGAGGUCACUUAACUGCUAGGGCGGACUUUAUCUAUGGAGCCCUUCAAAACGCUACAUUCAGAUAUAUUAACGCGGCACCUCAGUGGCAAGGGUUCAAUAUGAACAACUGGAACCAAGUCGAAACUGAUACCAGAAACUAUGCCCACAAUAGAAAUGUAGAUUUACAGGUGUGGACUGGAACCUACGGCGUGGCAACUUUACCUGAUGAAACUUCUGGUGAAGAUAUACCGCUAAGUUUGUAUGUCAAUGGAAAUAAAAGAGGAAUUCCAGUGCCAGCUAUUUACUGGAAGAUUGUUUACAAUCCUACUAAUAAACGAGGAAUCGUUCUUAUUGGUUUGAAUAAUCUUUAUGAAAAGAAUGUGUCUAAACAUGUUAUUUGUCAAGAUAUAUCCAAUCAAGUGAAUUGGCUUAAUUGGAGAAAAAACGACAUUGAUAGAGGAUAUUCUUAUGCAUGUACUGUUUCUAGCUUUAGGAAAGUUGUAACUUAUGCUCCCAAUCUUAAUGUUGCUGGUUUGUUAACAUGAUCCCUCAUAUUAUUAAGUCCGUAGUGUGUUUGUAAAAUAAAUGAAGUGAUUUUAUAUGAGUGUAUUAUUCUCAAACAACAGUUUUACCAGUGUCUUUAGAUAUUUUAAAUGUCUAAUGCAUUAUUUAAGUAAGUACGUUAACAGUAACAUCCAAAAUUCCUACUUUGAUACCGCAAUAAGUAUUUCAUAAAAGAAAGAUUAAUUUAACUCAAAGCCAGUCUCAUUCAAAACACUCUGCAUAAAUUGAAUCAUUCAUAUCAUCAAUACACGUCAGAUUAGUAGGAUUUUAUUAAACAAACUAUAAAAAGACACCACAAGAGAAAUAAAAAUUAAGCUUCAUUAUAUUAUGCCUCAAUACAAUACAAUUCAAAAAAGGAGUCGCUCAUGAUCGUAUGUCAAUAUGUUGCCUCCCAAUGAUAUUAUCAGGAUAUUAUAACCUAACUUUGU